CGAGCGAUGCUCCUGGGCUGGGGUGGUGUCUAGGGAGCUGGGAAGCGCGCGCGGUGCCAGUCGGAGAGCAGAGCGCGAGCGAAAGAGGCAUCCGGAGAGCGUAACGCACAACUGACCUGAAAAGCCAACAGCAGUGAUUUUCACUUGGUGUCUGCCGUGAUUUUACUGUGUUCCUGGUUCAGAGGGUGACUGCCCCCCCCCCACAAUAUAUAGGUGCUUGUUUUAAUGCAUGAAAAUGGCCAGCGUUACACAGAUAUCCAAAGAUGAGCUAGAGGAACUCAGGGAGGCCUUUGCCAAAGUCGAUCUCAACAGCAAUGGAUUCAUCUGUGAUUAUGAGUUGCACGAACUCUUCAAAGAAGCCAACCUUCCCCUUCCUGGAUACAAAGUGAGGGAGAUCAUCCAGAAACUGAUGAUAGACGGGGACAAGAACAAAGAUGGGAAGAUCAGCUUUGAAGAGUUUGUUUACAUCUUCCAAGAGGUGAAAAGCAGUGACAUCGCCAAGACUUUCAGAAAAGCCAUCAAUAGAAAAGAAGGCAUUUGCGCUAUCGGUGGGACAUCUGAGCUCUCCAGCGAAGGCACCCAGCACUCCUACUCAGAGGAAGAAAAAUAUGCCUUUGUGAACUGGAUAAACAAGGCUUUGGAAAACGAUCCAGACUGUAAGCAUGUCAUUCCAAUGAACCCAAAUACAGACGAUCUCUUCAAAGCUGUUGCAGAUGGGAUAGUGCUGUGUAAAAUGAUCAACCUUUCCGUUCCUGACACGAUUGACGAACGAGCGAUCAACAAGAAAAAGCUAACACCAUUCAUAAUUCAGGAAAACCUGAACUUGGCCUUGAACUCAGCCUCUGCCAUUGGGUGUCAUGUGGUCAACAUUGGAGCAGAAGAUUUGAGGGAAGGGAAGCCACAUCUGGUCCUAGGGCUUCUGUGGCAGAUCAUCAAGAUUGGCUUGUUUGCAGACAUAGAACUCAGCAGAAAUGAAGCCUUGGCUGCCUUGCUCCGAGAUGGGGAGACUUUGGAAGACCUGAUGAAGUUGUCUCCAGAGGAGCUGCUCUUGAGGUGGGCCAACUUCCACCUGGAAAAUGCUGGGUGGCACAAGAUCAACAACUUCAGCUCGGAGAUCAAGGAUUCCAGAGCAUACUACCAUCUCCUCAACCAAAUUGCACCCAAGGGACAGAAGGAAGGGGAGCCGCAAAUCGACAUCAACAUGUCUGGCUUCAGUGAGAAAGACGAUUUGAAGAGGGCUGAGUGCAUGCUUCAGCAGGCAGACAGACUGGGCUGCCGGCAGUUUGUCACCCCAGCAGACGUUGUGAGUGGCAACCCCAAACUGAACUUGGCUUUCGUGGCCAACUUGUUCAACAAGUACCCGGCACUCACCAAGCCUGAAAACCAGGACAUUGACUGGACACUGCUGGAAGGUGAAACCCGAGAAGAAAGAACAUUUCGCAACUGGAUGAACUCUCUUGGCGUGAACCCCCACGUGAACCAUCUCUACAGUGAUCUGCAGGACGCAUUGGUCAUCUUGCAGCUCUAUGAAAAGAUAAAAGUUCCUGUUGACUGGAGUAAGGUCAACAAGCCCCCGUACCCAAAACUUGGAGCAAACAUGAAAAAGCUGGAAAAUUGCAAUUAUGCUGUCGACCUAGGGAAGCAUCCGGCAAAGUUCUCCCUGGUUGGCAUUGGCGGGCAAGACCUCAAUGACGGCAACCCAACUCUCACGCUGGGUUUAGUGUGGCAGGUGAUGAGAAGAUAUACUCUGAAUGUCCUAGAGAAUCUUGGAGAUGGUCAGAAGGCGAAUGAUGACAUUAUCGUAAGUUGGGUAAACAGGACCUUGGCAGAAGCUGGAAAAUCGAGCUCCAUCCAGAGCUUUAAGGACAAGAGUAUUAGUAGCAGCUUAGCCGUUGUGGACUUAAUUGAUGCCAUUCAACCAGGCUGUAUAAAUUAUGAUCUUGUGAAGACAGGAGAUCUGUCAGAGGAAGAUAAACACAGUAAUGCCAAGUAUGCCGUGUCGAUGGCUAGGAGAAUCGGGGCCCGUGUGUAUGCUCUCCCCGAGGACCUGGUGGAGGUGAAACCCAAGAUGGUAAUGACAGUGUUUGCCUGCUUGAUGGGCCGAGGAAUGAAGAGGGUUUAAGAGGCCAAGCACCAAAACCAAAGCACCCAGA